UUUUUUUUUUUUUUUUUUCCAAAAAAAAUAUUUUUCCUUAAUAUUAUUAUUUUUUUUGUUGGUGUUUUGUUGAUGUUUGAAAGGUGUGGUGGGUCUUGUUUGUCAUAUUUGGAAUUGUGGGUGCCCUUCCAAUAGCGAUCUUUUUCCUCUUUUUUUUUUUUUUGGCUGUAGGAAAAGUGUGCUUUAGGGUUAGGGUUAGAUCUGCUAUAAUCUGAUUCAAAUUUUUUUAAAACAAUUUUCACUUUAUGAAAUUAGGUUUUAAUAUUUUUCUUUCUUUUAAUAAUAUUGGUUCUUGCUUCUGAACCUGGGUGUAGUGAGAGUGGAGUUUAAGCUGCUUUCAGUGGAGUGGAAUAUCCAGAUUCUGGAUCAGGAAUAUUAUUGAUGGGAACUGAGCUCAUGAGCCUUUGUGUUAAGGAAGAGAAUGAUGAAAUCCCAUCAGUUCCACCUGGUUUUGAAUCAUUUGCUGCUUUCACAUUAAAGAGGAUGCAAAAAAGUGAAAACCACGAAAGUCAAGAUGUAAUUAGUUGUUCAACCUCUGCAACUGCAAGUACUUCUGAAUUACAAUCAGUUAAGAUGGAAGUGGAGUCUGAUGUUUGUUCCGACACAAAAAUUACGAGAUCUCUCCGACGUAGAGCUUGGAUAAACUAUGGACAAUUGGACAAUAAUCUAGAGGAUGAGUCUGAUUCUGCAAAGCUCAAUCAAAAUCUUAGUUUAAGGCCGCCCCUUCCAAAGGGGGUUAUUCGUGGGUGUGCACAAUGCAUUAAUUGCCAAAAGGUAACUGCGAGAUGGCAUCCUGAAUAUGCUCGCAGGCCUGAUAUUGAGGAUGCUCCUGUAUUCUACCCUACUGAAGAGGAGUUUGAAGAUACUUUGAAAUACAUAGCUAGCAUACGGCCAAAAGCUGAACCAUAUGGAAUCUGUCGCAUUGUUCCUCCUCCUUCUUGGAAACCACCGUGUCCUCUGAAGGAAAAAUCUAUUUGGGAGGGUUCUACAUUUGCUACUCGUGUCCAGAGAGUUGACAAACUACAGAAUCGAGAUUCUUUGAAAAAGAUGUCAAGGCUAUAUAACCAUACUAGGAAAAAAAGGAGAAAAUGUAUGAGAAUGGCAGUCGAUGGUAGGACAGAUAUUGAAAGUAUCUCAGGCUGCAGUGAUGCUGGUGUUUGUGAGGCUGAGGGUUUUGGGUUUGCACCUGGUCCAGAGUUUACUUUGAAUACAUUUCAGAAAUACGCUGAUGAUUUCAAGAACCAGUACUUCAGGAAGAAUGAUAAUAUCAUAAAUAAGGAAGGUAGCGUGGCAGUCCUCGAUGAAAACUGGGAGCCAACAGUGGACAAUAUUGAGGGUGAAUAUUGGCGGAUUGUAGAGAAAGCUACUGAAGAAAUAGAGGUGCUUUAUGGGGCUGAUCUGGAGACUGGUGUUUUUGGCAGUGGGUUUCCGAAAAUAUCCAGUCAAGUUGGUUCUGAUAUAAACGAACAUUAUGCAAAGUCUGGCUGGAACUUGAAUAACUUUCCAAGGCUUCCUGGAUCUGUCCUUUCCUAUGAAAGUGGUGACAUAUCUGGUGUCUUGGUGCCAUGGUUGUAUAUAGGAAUGUGUUUUUCUUCCUUCUGCUGGCAUGUUGAAGAUCAUCACUUGUAUUCACUGAAUUACAUGCAUUGGGGUGCUCCAAAAAUGUGGUAUGGUGUCCCAGGAAAGGAUGCCAUUAAAUUGGAAGUGGCUAUGAGAAAGCAUUUACCUGAUCUUUUUGAAGAACAACCUGACUUACUUCAUAAGCUGGUGACACAACUCUCUCCCUCCAUCCUAAAAUCUGAAGGGGUGCCAGUUUAUCGGUGUGUACAAAAUUCUGGAGAGUUUGUUCUAACCUUUCCUCGAGCAUAUCAUUCAGGAUUUAAUUGUGGUUUCAAUUGCGCGGAGGCAGUAAAUGUAGCUCCGGUUGACUGGUUGCCCCAUGGGCAGCUUGCUAUAGAGCUAUACCGUGAGCAGGGACGGAGAACUUCCAUAUCUCAUGAUAAACUGUUGCUUGGGGCCGCAAGGGAAGCUGUGAAAGCUCAUUGGGAGCUUAAUUUACUGAAAAAGAAUACAGUUGAUAACUUAAGAUGGAGGGAUGUGUGUGGAAGGGAUGGGAUAUUAGCAAAAGCACUUAAGGAGCGUGUGGAGAUGGAGCGUAUAAAGAGAGAGUUUCAGUGCAACUCUUCACCAGUACGGAAGAUGGAGUGCAAUUUUGAUGCAUCUAGUGAAAGGGAAUGCGUUGUCUGUCUUUUUGAUUUGCACUUGUCUGCAGCAGGAUGUAGUUGUUCUCCUGAUAAGUAUGCAUGCUUGAAUCAUGCAAAGCAGAUGUGUGCAUGCAGUUGGACUACCAAAUUUUUCCUAUUUCGCUAUGACAUCAAUGAAUUAAAUAUCCUUGUCGAGGCAUUGGAAGGAAAAUUGAGCGCAGUGUACAGAUGGGCAAGAUUAGAUCUUGGACUUGCCCUGACAUCUUCAGUCUCCAGAGAGAGUUCGCAAGGUUGUAAGUUAUCAUAUUUUCAAGAAGGAGAAGCAUUUAACGAGGUGCGAUCAAAACCAUCAAUGGACCUCCUGAAAGGCUUGGAUGGUAACGUAAUCUCUGGGAGAAUCACAAUGACCUCAACUAAGAUGUUUGAUGAGAUUGCUUCUUUAGAGGAAAAGUCACCUCCUGAAGCUGCAGCUUUGAAAGGCACAAAGGCAUCAUCUAUAUCCUACAGUCCUUUUCCAGUGAUUGAGAAGCAAGCUCAUGAUUCAAAGUUAAAUAAAGAAGGAUCUAUCCUUUGUCCUUCCAAUUUAAAAACAUCAGUCUUCGAGCUAUCUAAAGAAGACACGUCUUACACUGGUGACCUCACUUCUGUGGGAUGUGGAAUUAAAAAACCUUCAACUUUGGGCCAUGAUACUGUUAUACUUCUGAGUGAUGAUGAAAGUGAUGAGCCUGAGGAACCAGUUGUGAAAAGAGCAAAAGGAAAUUCUGUUCUGAAGCAUUCUGAAAUUUCUGAGAGGCCAUCAAGCUCUGGUGAUAGCCCCUUUAAUGAAAAUAAAGAUUCAAUCUUAACUGCACCUUUGUCUGAUGCAGCAGUGAUCAAUAAAAUUAAUGUCAGUUCUUCCCCUGACAGAAAUAGGAAUAAUUCUUUAUUUGUGCCUGUCCAAUUGAAGGCCGACCACCAUCAGCAUAAUGAAAAAGUUCUGGGAUCUAAUGCAGCAAAUAGUUCUUGCCAUCCUGGCUCUAGGAGUGCAGGAAUUGGCAAGAAUGUUCAGUGUCCUUCAAAUAUGGGAGAGACUUGUAAGGGUCAAUAUAUGGCAAAUGCUGGGUGUCAGCAUCCACAGAGGUCUAGCAUUGCAAAACCUAAUGACGAGGAUAGGCUGGAGGUAAAUGCCACCCUAAAUCCACUGGAAAACUCGAGAGCCGUGGCAGGUAGCCCAUCUUGCUCACAAAAUAAUUUGGACCGGUAUUUCCGCCAGAAGGGUCCCCGCAUUGCUAAGGUAGUGCGGAGAAUUAACUGCAAUGUUGAGUCUCUGGAGUUUGGAGUUGUGCUUCCGGGAAAGUUAUGGUGUAACAGCCAGGCAAUUUUUCCCAAAGGAUUUAGAACCCGGGUUAGGUACAUAAGUGUGCUAGAUCCAACAAAUAUGUCUUACUAUAUCUCAGAAAUUCUGGAUGCAGGACGAAAUAGACCUCUCUUUAUGGUUUCGUUGGAGAAUUGUCCAAAUGAGGUAUUCGUUCACGUUUCAGCGGCCAGAUGCUGGGAAAUGGUGAGAGAGAGGGUGAAUCAAGAGAUCACAAAGCAUCAUAAAAUGGGAAAAACAAGCUUGCCACCUUUGCAACCUCCUGGAAGUCUUGAUGGCCUUGAAAUGUUUGGGUUUUCUUCACCAGCAAUUGUGCAGGCCAUAGAGGCAUUGGAUCGAAAUCGAGUCUGUACAGAUUACUGGGAUUCAAGACCCUACUCGAGGCCUCAAGGUCAGAUUCCACAACAUUCGCAACCUAAAGAAAAUGGAGGAAAUUUCCAGGGGAAAUCGGAUGAACAAAAUAAUAAUAAUGGCACCACCGGGAGCAAUCCCCUAGCAGACGGAGUUGGUAUGGUACUAAAAAGUCUAUUCAAAAAGGCAAACCCAGAAGAAUUGAACUCACUGAGUCGAAGUCUAAAUGACGGUAAGCCAAUAAUUGAUCAAGGCUUAAUAACGAGACUUCUUAACGAAGAGAUUCACAAUCGACUUGGAUGAUUCAUUAAUUUGAUCUCACCAGGCUCUGAGAUUAAAAUUUUCCGUUGCAAUUUUCUUUUUUUUCUUUUUUUUCUUUUUUUUUUUUUUACUGCUGUAAAUACAAAAUUCUCACAUUCACUUCGCACAUACGUCUCCAUUCAA